AUGGGAGAGACAGUGCCUUCCGUGAACGUGCUCCAACCUCUUCUAGGGAUUAAAUCAGCUGCAAUGGACGACAAAUCGGCUGCAGAAGCAGCCAACAAUAAUCACGUGAAACUCUCCGAAGUUCAGCUGGUGCAGAGCGAAUUUGGUGCUCCACUAGAUGAGUGCUAUAAAUUAGCGAUCAAGUACUAUAAAGAAAGGGAGAAAGCUGGCGAUCUGGGUGUUUCUUAUGAUGACCGCGUAAUGUUGAUGGCUUUGAGCAAGCAGGUUCGGCUGGGACCAUACGCGGACAAUUCAGACGGCGCUGGCUUUUUCGAUCUCUUGGGUAAUGAUAUCAACAAGGCCUGGCGAGAUCUUGGACAACGAUCUCGCGACGAAUCAAUGGCGAGCUUCAUUUUUCUGAUGGACCGCGUAUGUCCCCCAUUCAAGAACUUCAUUGCUGAACACGCCGAACCACCAGCUGAAAGUUCUGAGUUGCGGCAGCUGGACUCGGCAACGCAUCCACAAGAGCACAAGGUGAACUGGGAAGUCUUUGAAGCACAAAAGAAACAAAUACAAGAAGCUUUGAACGCGCAAACCUUCCAUCAAUUCAGCGCCUACGCUCAACAACAGUUUCCCGGACAACCAGAUCAGCAAGCAGCUUUGAUUCGACAGCUACAAGAGCAACAUUAUCAACAAUACAUGUCGCAGGUUUAUGCCCAACAAGCCGAGGCUGCAGUGCCAGAGAGUGAGCGACGUGCUCCAAACACAAAUGAGAAAGCUGAAGAAGAGCGUGCACGUGAUGACGAUAGCGAUGUCAGCGAUGAAGAACCUGGAGAUGAUCUGCCCUCUAACCCCGAAAUUGCUCCGGCCUCUCUUUGGAAUCGUAAAGAUAUCGUCGAGUUCAAAAAUACCAUCAAGAAAGAGGGAAGCGAGGGAAUUAUUAAAGUAGGGCACGGAGAAACCGUUACGGUUCGCGUACCUACCCAUGAGGAAGGCACAUGCCUCUUUUGGGAGUUUGCAACUGACUAUUAUGACAUUGGAUUUGGUGUUUAUUUUGAAUGGACAAUUGCUGAUAGCAAUCAGGUGUCGAUUCAUGUAAGCGAAUCCGAUGACGAGGAAGACUUUGAUGAAGCAAAUCCAGAAGGAGUUGAAGGAGGUGCACCGGUUGCUCCAGGAAAUCCAGCAGUGGGAGAUGUGGAGAGUGGAGGACCGCAAAAACGUAUUCGUGAUCCGAAUAAGCCACGGCAGGACGAAAUCAUCCCAGUGUAUAGGAGGGAUUGUCACGAGGAGGUGUACGCUGGAAGCCAUAGCUAUCCUGGAAGAGGAGUUUAUCUUCUUAAGUUCGACAAUUCUUAUUCACUUUGGCGAUCUAAAACCCUUUACUAUCGUGUUUACUACAGCAAAUGAAGUGCUGACAAAUACGCUUAAUUAGCACUGUUUUUCUUAUGUUAACCAAUGGUCAUCGUGACAGAAUCAUCAUCGUAAUGUUUAUCGUAUCAAGUCUGUCAAUUUUUGUUGUGAUUUCAAACAUUUAUUUCGCUCUGGUGAUAUGUGCAGUAGUACGAAGUGUACUUUAAUUUUUUCUCUCACAUUUCGUGAAGUGAGAAAAAAUUAACUUAUCGCGGAUUUGUUUUCGUAUUCUUAUGGAUUUUUCUACACAGGUGUCAAUAUUAUUUAUCGCCCAUCUCAGAUGUGCAACCAAUAAUCCUUUCUUUG